CCUGUAACGAAGACUCCUUCACAAAACAAUGGCUUCUCUACGCCGGCCUCUACUCUCCCUGAGCCGUCUCCGACAGAGACCAUGCAUCCAGCAGUCAAUAAGAUCCUACAGCUUCCACCCAUCCCCAGAUCCAGCCGAUAUUCCUCGACCAAAAGCAACACUACAUACACUCCGCCAACUUUACAAAAGGAAAAUCCCAAUCGCCACGAUUACAGCACAUGACUUUCCAUCCGCACUUGCUGCAGAUCAAGCUGGCACGGAUCUGAUCCUUGUUGGUGACUCAUUGGCAAUGGUCGCGUUGGGGUACACCUCGACAAAUCAGGUCACCAUGGAGGAUAUGAUUCAUCAUUCAAGAGCUGUGGUCAGGGGUACGAAGUCGGCGUAUGUUGUUGCGGAUUUGCCGUUUGGGACGUAUGAGGCUUCGCCGGAAGAUGCUGUGCGGAAUGCUGUGCGACUGAUAAGGGAAGGAGGUGUGGAGGCUGUCAAGUUGGAGGGAGGAAAGGAGAUGGCAGUGACGAUUGAGAGGUUGACAACGGUGGGGAUUCCAGUAUUGGGACAUAUCGGGUUGCUGCCACAAAGACAAGCAGCGUUGGGUGGAUUCAGGGUACAAGGAAAGACGGCAGCGAGUGCGGCACAGCUGUUGGAGGAUGCGCUGGCACUCGAGAAGGCUGGCUGUUUUGCCUUGGUCCUGGAAGCUAUGCCAGCCGAGAUUGCUGAAAUCAUCACGAAACGCAUCACCAUCCCAACAAUCGGUAUUGGUGCUGGAUCAGCGUGUUCAGGACAGGUUCUUGUACAACUUGACAUGCUCGGCGCAUUUGAGCGGUUCGUACCAAAGUUUGUGAAGCAGUAUGAGUCAAUAGGAGUGAAGACGAGACAAGCAAUUGGGAAGUAUAUUGAGGAAGUGAAGGCUAGGAGCUUUCCUGCAAUGGAGCAUACAUACCCGAUAAAACCGGAGGAGUUGGAGAAGUUCAAGGCAAAGGUUGGGAGCGAUUAAACGGAACGGUCUGCCCGCGCAGCAUUAUUCAAUUGCAAGGGCCAAUUGGGUGAUACAGUACAAUAUAUAUGGAUGUCGGAAGUGCAGUGAGAACGUGCAAUGCUCACAACCAGCUGGAGAAAAGAGGAGGAUAUGAGAAAUGGAGAUAGUCUAAUAGCAUAUACCUGCAAAUACCAAACCUGAAAUCAUC